AGUGGCCUACAACAUUCCAGAUUCUGAAAUUGACUACCUGGCUUCCAUGUUUCAAGAGAAAGAGCCGCACGGUGUCAAUUUUGCUGAACAUGUCAAUGCCACACCGUCCAAUCCUCCACCUCCGCCCAAUCCACCAGUUGAAGGACCGUCUGGCCGAAGUAACAGUCCAGGCUCACCUAAAACUACCCGAAGACCUCCCGGUGACGCACUGUUAUUAGGUGUGGUGGUGGCCUGUGCCCUGGGCCGGUCUCACAGCUUUGACUGUUGCUGGUGUAUGUUGGUGCAGAAUGCGCCGAGACAUGAAAUUGGCGGAGAAGACAGAUUAUCCGGCCUAUAGACAGUCACCGCCUCCUCCGUAUGAAAAAACAUCGCCUGGAGAUAAGAAAUUGGCUCAGAAUGCUCAAAUGUACCAUUACCAACACCAGAAACAGCAGAUGAUAUCCAUGGAGAAAAAUAAGGAUGAGCUGAAGCACCCAGAUUCAGCCGUCACAUCAGACGAGGAGAAUGAAGAUGGCGAUUUCACUGUAUAUGAAUGUCCCGGAUUAGCCCCUACAGGAGAAAUGGAGGUGAAAAACCCACUUUUUGAUGACUCAACUCUCCAUCACUCCUCUCACCAUCCUCAUUAG